UGACAGCAUCUUCAGCUGAUUGUGACAUUUUGUACUGGCAGUAUUUUGUUGUGGUCAGGUUUUCGAAAGUUUUUGUAAACUUUAGUAAUAAUCCCAAAUUAAAACUAAAAUAUCGUCGUGAUUUUUGUGUUGAAAAUGAAGUUUACGAAGCCACGUUAAUCAUCGAAGAUUGUGCUGCGCUCUUGAUUGAAUAAGUUUCAUGACACGUCUUCUCAAAUAUCCCUUCACUUAUUCUGCACUUCUACAACCACUGCCGUUUCCACCUACUUUGGCUCGAGCAGCGGCUAGCUUCAAGCGUAUGUCCCGCUCGACCACAGGAUCAUCGCAGCAUUCGUCCAGCCCGGAUUCAUCAGGCAGUAGUCCCGUGAACAAAAUUUUCCAACGUUACGCCCGGCAGAAGAGAAUGUCCGAAACGUGCCGCAAGUGGAAGACGAUCCCCUCGGCGGUACGUCGCGACCCGGACGAUGUGCAGUUCACCCUGAUGAGCUACAACAUACUGGCGCAGGAUCUGCUGGAGAUGCACGAAGAUCUGUACGAACAGCACGACCAGGUUACCCUGUCGUGGCCACAUCGGUACGAUCGGCUGCUGGCCGAGAUCAAUCUGGUGCGGCCGGACAUCCUGUGUCUGCAGGAGAUGCAAGAUGACCACAAGGCGCAGUUCAGCAGUGGGCUAUCCAACUUCAAGUACGAGAUGAUCUUCAAAAAGCGAACCGGCGAUAAGCCCGACGGUUGUGCAAUCUUCUACCGGCGGGACCUGUUUGAGCUGGUGGACUAUCACGAUGUCGAGUACUACCAACCGGGCGUGAAGCGUUUGGAUCGAGAAAAUGUGGCCAUUAUCGCGAAAUUCAGAGUGAAAUCCAAUCCGAGCCAAUCUCUGGUAGUGGCCACCACACAUCUGCUGUACAAUCCCCGUCGGCAGGAUAUCCGUCUGGCGCAGGUGCAGGUACUUCUGGCCGAGCUGGAUCGGUUGGCAUUUCUCGGUCGGAUGGAAAGCGGAACGCCCAAGUAUGCACCCACCAUUCUAUGCGGGGAUUUCAACCUUCAACCGUACACCGCUCCUUACGUACUGCUGACAACGGGAUUUCUCCAGUACGAAAACCUCUCAACUAAUACGCUGGAACCCAUACCAGGGGGAUCGUCCUUUGGGAAGGUCUUACUUCCGAAGAAAUUGGGAAUCAUGGAUGAUUGCCGUCACGAGAGCCACUUGGACAGAACGGAGGAAGAAGAGGAAAAGUGUACUCGGUUACAUCAUUCCAGCAAAGAGGCUCGGGUUGCCCGGACGCCAAGCCCCGAAGAGGAGCAGGACAACCCCUUCUUCAAUCAGGGUGCCUUGAAGCAUCGGUUCAAAUUCACAUCCGCCUACAGACACAACAUUGGAGACGAAACUCAGGAGGCGACUACCUUCCAAGGGCAGUGGGCCACGGUGGACUAUCUGUUCUACACCAAGUACCAGUGUGCGGGCGAGAAACGGCUUAGCGAAAACAAUCUGAAGCUAGUGGCCACGUACGCACUGCCCACGGUCAAGCAGGCCCGGGAGAUUUAUACGAUUCCCAACAUGUACUUCGGGUCGGACCACUUUGCCCUCGCCGGUCGGUUUCUGCUCAAAGCACAAAGGGAACCGAAUCUGUAGCAUCGCAGCAGAAGGGCUGGAGACGAACGUGGUGCUUUCUGAACGACAAUUUUCUACGAAAUUGGUAUGUUUUUAGUUUGUUAUGAUCGAUUAUACAUGUUUUAUCGAAUCGGAA